AUGCGGCUCGACUCGCUGCCCUCUCGGCGCGCUGCCGUGAGCGCAGCCUUGCUGGCCUCUUGCGCCUCGCUACCGCGCUCGCCGCCUCCAGCCUUUGCUUUCGAGAACCGCCUGCCACCGGACGAGCUGGAGCUCAAGUACAAGCAGCCGCGGACGGCAGGGCCACAGCCGACGGAUCUCGGCGUGCGGGCGGGCGGAGCGCUGAAGCCGUGCACCGACGGUAAGCCGCACUGCUUCUCGUCGAGCCCAGAGUCCUUUGACGGGUAUGAGGACGCCGCCGACGAGGCAGCUGGCUGGCUCGUGCAGCCCUUCCGAUUCGACAUGCCGCUGGCCGACGCGGUGGCGGACGUCAAGGAGGCUAUCGUGUCUUACCCGCCGGGGCAGCGCGGUAUUGACGGAGGCGGCUUCAGGGUGGUCAAGGAGUCGACGUCGGCGCAGGCGGCUUACAUCUACGUGCAGUACGAGUCCCGGCGCAAGGGCUUCGUCGACGACAUGGAGUUCGCGCUGGCCAACGGCGUCGUCAACGUGCGCACGAGCUCGCGGCUCGGCUACCUGGACAUGGGCGUGAACGCGAAGCGCUUCACCUGGUUUGCGGAGCGGCUCGGCGCGCAGAGGGGGUGGAAGACGGUGCCGCUGCGAGCCAAGGGGCACGAAGAGUAUUUCGCGCUCAACGGCAUCACCGACAAGGAUAUCAUGAGCUCUUGA